AUGGGCAACGCUUCCAAGACCAUUCGCAUCGGCGUGGACGUGGGCGGCACGAACACAGACUCCGUCAUUCUCGACGACAGCGCCCGGUCCUCGUCCAACCGCGGGGUGAUCGCCCACUUCAAGACGGCGACAACGCCCAACGUAACUGACGGCAUCGAAACUGCGGUACGCACAGUUCUUGAACGCUCUGCGAUCCCUCACGAUCGUAUUGCCUGCCUCACAAUCGGGACCACCCAUUUCAUCAAUGCCGUCGUAGAGCAUGAUGCGCGGAGAUUGUCCAAAGUUGCCGUCAUUCGAUUGUCAAAAUCGUUCACUAGGGAGGUCCCUCCGUUCUCGGACUUUCCACCUGCCUUGAAGGAGAUCAUGUAUGGAUACCACGGUUACGUUGACGGUGGCCUGCACAUAGACGGAUCCCAGGAGUCGCCCAUCGUCGAGGCGCAGGUGAUCAGGGAAUGCGAGAAGAUCAAGGAAAAGGGGAUCAGGUCCGUCGUCAUCGCAGGUGUCUAUGCACCUAUAGACGACCACUUCCAACAGGAAAGCCAGGUGCGAAAGAUCAUGAAGCGCGAGCUCCCGAGCGCCGACAUCGUCUGCUCCCACGAGAUCUCCAAUAUCGGCUUCCUCGAGCGCGAAAACGCCUCUAUCCUGAACGCGUCCAUCCUCAGAUUCGCGCGGCGCACCAUCCGCGGCUUCCGCGCCGCAAUGAAACGCCUGAACCUGCGGUGUGGGCUGUACUUGACGCAGAACGACGGCACUUUGGUAGACGCUGCCUCCGCUGCGCGCCUGCCGAUCAGGACCUUCUCUUCGGGCGCGACGAAUUCCAUGCGGGGAGCCGCGUACCUCGGGGGACUGGACACCGGAGAGAAGGGAGGACGCACGUCCACCAUUGUGGUCGAUAUCGGCGGGACGACCUCGGAUGUUGGCGUCCUGCUGCCCUCGGGAUUCCCUAGGCAGGCCUCCGCCUAUGUGACCGUUGCGGGAGUGAGGAUCAACUACUCCAUGCCCCACCUCGAGUCUAUCGGUCUUGGAGGAGGAUCGAUUGUACGCGAGCUGCCCGGGGGACAGAUCACAGUGGGCUCUGACUCCGUAGGGCACUUCCUGACCACCGAUGCGAAAGUCUUCGGAGGAAGCACGUUGACGGCGACCGAUAUCACCGUCGCGGCUGGAGCGAAGAUCGGCGAUCCCUCCCUGGUGAAGGACGUCCCUCCAUCUCUUGUGAGCGCUGCCCAAGCGAAAAUUAAGUCCCUGCUGGAAGGCAUUAUCGACGUUAUGAAGACAUCGCCGGAGCCGUUACCCGUUCUCCUGGUAGGCGGCGGCUCAGUCAUCGCCCCCAAUACUCUUGAAGGCGUAUCCCAGCUCAUUCGGCCGCCAUUCCACGAUGUGGCCAACGCUGUCGGAGCCGCUAUAUCCAAAGUGGGAGGCUCCGUCGAUCUCAUCCAGAGCACGGUCGACCAGACGGUAGCGCAAGCCGUCGAGAAGGCGAAGACAAUGGCCAUCGAUAGAGCUGUCGAGGCCGGCGCCGAUAGGAACACUGUUGAGGUUGCGGAGAUCGAUACUAUCCCACUGCAGUACGUCGCGAAUCAAGUACGGAUAAUCGUCAAGGCCAUUGGGGAUUUGGCGAGUGGGGCAGGAGAUCUGCACAGUGUAAACGGAAUAGCCGAGGAAGACGAGCCGGAGGUUGAUGAGAGGGAGCAGGAAGGGGUCAAGGCCCGGGUUCGAGAGGUGCCUUCAGCAGCGCUGAAUAUCGACGCUUACCGUCCUCGGAUAGUCACAUCGAAGGAAACAGGUAUACCAGAGUGGUACGUCUCGGAGGUCGACAUAGGCUGGUUAGCGGACGGGUGCUACGUCCUCGGGUGCGCAGGAGGGGGAUCGCCUUUCCCCGAGUUCAUUCAACUCCGCGACCAGCUCAGAGCCGGGCACACGCUCCGCGUCAUCGACAGCUCGCACUUGUCGCCCGAUGCGAACAUCUACUGGGGCGGCCACAUGGGGUCCCCCGCCGUGUCAGUCGAGCGCCUGGCCGCAAACGAGACGAUCGAUGCCAUCCGCGAGCUGAUGGACUACCUCCGGCACGACUCCUUCGACGCGGUCAUGGGGCUUGAGAUCGGUGGGGCGAACGGACUGCAGCCCCUGCUGCUCGGUUCGAGCAAGCACUUCGACCGGCCCGUGAUCGACGCGGACUGGAUGGGUCGCGCGUACCCGACGUACUGGCAGACGACGCUGUGCGUGUAUGAGACGGGUCAGCUCGUGCCUUGCGCCAUCGCGUCGGGCGACGGGAAGCACAUCAUCAUGACCAAGACGACGGACGACGAGAUCGUCGACAGGGCGUUGCGCGCGUCGUGCGCGGAGAUGGGCUCGCGCGUCGGGAUGGCCGCGCGCCCGACGACGACGGACCGCGUAAGGAAUUACGGCGUCCUCAACACUGUGUCGCUAGCCUGGCGGAUCGGCCGGUGCAUUGCGCGCGCACAUGCGAAGAACACGCUCAACACGGUGGCGGAGCAGAUUGUCGACGAGAUUGGCGGACCCAGUACUGCCCGUGUGUUGUUCCGCGGGAAGAUCAUCUCUGUCGAGCGCCGGCUGUUCAAGGGGCAUUCGUACGGUGAGAUCACAAUCCAGCAGCUGCCAACGGACGAGGAGGAAAAUACCUCGGCGUCGCCUUCGAGGUACCAGCCGGUCGCCACUGGAGGAUUCCUCAAGAUCCCUUUCAAGAACGAGAACAUCUAUGCGAAGCAUAUCUUGGAGUCGGGCGAGGAAAAGUACAUCGCAAUGGUGCCCGACCUGAUUUCAGUCCUCGAUACCCAAUCCGGCAAGGCGCUUGGUGUGCCAGAGUUCCGCUACGGGCUGAGGGUCACGGUCCUGGGUAUCACCUGUUCGCCACGGUGGAGUGAUACGGAGAAGGGUUUGCAGAUCGGAGGACCAAGGGCAUUCGGAUACGACAUCGACUACGUUCCACUGGGAGCAUACAUUGAGCCUCGGAGCGUCAUCUUAGAGUAUGCAUAG